UACUGCAGUGUGUUUUUAAAGACUUUGAUGAGUACUCAGUGUAUCUUUUUUUCGUAGCCAUAAUCUUUGAUUAUGAAAUGUAUCUAAUCCUGUAUAUCGAUGCUAUUUUCAGGUGUCUGUGAGGGUGGCUGUGCUGCUAUUGUGGAUUCAGGAACAUCUUUGCUUGNUGGUCCAACUGCUGUUGUAACUGAAAUCAAUCAUGCAAUUGGAGNCGAAGGAGUUCUAAGCGUAGAAUGUAAGGAAGUUGUUUCUGAAUAUGGAGAAAUUUUAUGGGAUCUCUUGAUAUCAGGAGUACGACCUGAUGAUGUGUGCUCACAGGUUGGUUUAUGUUUUGCCCAAAAAGGUCAAUCAGAGAGUAAUGGAAUUGAGAUGGUGACUGAAAAGGAACAGAGAGAGUUGUCAGCUAAAGAUACUGCUCUGUGUGCUCCUUGUCAGAUGCUUGUGAUUUGGAUUCAGAAUCAACUAAAACAACAGAAGACAAAGGACACAGUUUUCAACUAUGUAAAUCAGGUGUGGUUACUGCAAGGCCCAUGCCACUGUAAAGAUGUUCUUCGGUCAUUCCUAUUAUAGCUUAUGGUUAUUGUAUCUUAUAAUUCUGAUAUAAUUUCUUUACCUCCAUCUUUUAGUUGUUUUAUCUUUAUAACUGAUAUAAUUUCUUUUAUUAAAA